UUGGUCGACAUCGCUCGGAAAGAGACGCCUUUGCACUUUGGCGUCAAACUCUGUUUUGAAAUCCCGCACAAAUGUGAUAAAAAACAAAAAACAAAAUAACAAACAAAGCGAAGACACCCCUUAAAAAAAAUAGAACGCAAAAAAAGUUCAGUAAGCUUAUGGGUUGUGACUAGGUUUGUGAUUCGUCGGCAUUAGUUAAUGGUUGAAACAGUUCAUCGCUCAUCUUAUUAAUUUCCGCGAAAAACAUCGUUCUGUGAUCGAAACUUCUGCGCUUCGUUUCAAACUUCGCCACGUAACCAAGAAAUGGCAAAAUUAUUUGAAGACCCUGGUGUGGACGAGUUCCGCGGAUUGGACAUGCGAAAUUUGGGUAUCGACGAAGCCUGGAUGGUUGUGACGUCACAGUUAACCAACCCGUCUUGGCUCUACGUCCUUUCCGAUGACUGCGAUCAAUGCGCUUUCAAAUUGCUGGCUAGCAUCGGUGCGGAAGCCAAUAACAGUCUCGAAAUGAGCACCAAGCACGGAUGGACGUUGCGCUUCAGAAAUGAUAACGAUUCAACCCACGUCCCUCGGUCCACAGACAGCAAUAAUACCCUGUGCCAACUGCACGUUACAAUGGGAGAAUUCGGAGUCUAUGACGUUCAGAUCAACCCGUCGGAGGGUGAUCGUGCCAACUGCAGUUUCUCUACGGCCAAAGAACCAGUUAACAUUUAUGCUCCUUUAUUGGCCUGCUUUCUCUUCUACGUUGUACUGGCCUUCUUGUGGAUUGGAUUAAAAAAAGCUUUGCGAAAAGGCUAUUUCGAUGGAUGUCUCUACGCUCUCAAGCUGAAAAAGAGGCCAAAUGUGAACGCUGAUGAAUCGGUCACGUGCAAACAAACCGAAGAUGACAAGACGAAGAAAAAGAGCUCUCGACUCAAAUCGCUAGACACAUUUCGUGGAAUCAGUAUUGUCGUCAUGAUAUUCGUCAACGACGGCGCUGGCCAAUAUUUCUUCUUCGAGCACGCAACUUGGAAUGGACUUCAAGUGGCCGAUCUCGUCUUUCCUUGGUUUAUGUGGAUCAUGGGUGUGUGCAUGCCGAUCUCGCUGAGAUCCUCGCUACGCCGCAAAGAAACCAAACUGGCCAUAUUUGCAGGCAUUUUACGUCGUUCGUGCAUGCUCUUCCUACUCGGACUAAUCAACAACUCGCUCGGCGGACAUAUCGAGCUCAGCCAAUUGAGAAUUCCGGGCGUACUCCAGCGCUUCGCCAUCACUUACUUAGUUGUUGGCAUGGCCGGCCUUUUCUUUACGCCCGCCGAUCUCGCGGCUCCUUAUCAAUCAAGUAAAACUCGGAAAAUGUUGCAAGAUAUCAUCGUCCUGUGGCCGCAGUGGAUUUUCUUUUUGCUGCUGGUUGCCGGCCAUUGUUUCAUCACAUUUUUCAUUCCCAUCGAAGAGGAAUGUCCUGUCGGUUACCUGGGUCCCGCUGGACUGCAUUUAGAUAACAAAUAUCCAGGCCAGUGCAUCGGAGGAGCGGCAGGCUACAUCGAUCGAUUGAUCCUUACAGUUCAACACAUCUACAACUGGCCCACAACCAGGCAGGUCUACGAAUCCGGGCCUUACGAUCCAGAGGGAAUUUUGGGCUCGAUGUUGUGUACGUUCCAGGUGUUUUUGGGGGCGCAAGCCGGCGUGACUCUCCUAGUAUUUAGCGAUUGGAAAUCACGAAUCGCUCGUUGGUUGUCGUGGUCCGUUUUGACCGGCACUAUUGGCACCGUCCUCUGUUUGGCAUCACAGAAUGACGGCUGGAUCCCCGUUAACAAAAAUCUAUGGUCAUUGUCCUACGUCAUGGUAACGACUUGUUUCGCCUUCUUCCUCUUGAGUGUUUGUUACUACCUCAUCGACAUCCGAAAAUGGUGGACUGGGGCUCCUUUCUUUUAUCCCGGCAUGAACGGCAUUCUGAUGUACCUGGGUCAUCAAGUAACCUACAACCUUUUCCCGUGGCACUGGCAAUCUGGGCCGAUGAACACGCAUUUUGAACGUUUGGUAGAAACCCUUUGGGGAGUUUCUCUUUGGGUUGCCAUCGCCACUUGGCUGUAUCACAAAAAGUUCUUCUUAGCUCUUUAAAACAUAAAUAUCGGGAGUUUAUAAACGUACUAUUUACAA